UAUGGAUUGUGGGAUACGUUGUCAAAAAUGCCGUCUACAUCGAACGAAAUGAGUGAGGUUAAGGUGACCGAAGGAUGUAGAAUGCCGGUAAAGAUGAAUAAUUCGGAUGAAUGGCCACUGGCCGAAAUCAUCAGCAUUCGUGAAGUAGAUGGCAGAAAGGAAUAUUAUGUCCAUUUUAUUGAUUUUAACAAAAGGCUUGACACAUGGGUGAGCGAAAAAUCGUUGGACAAGGAGAAACUUCAGCUGCCCAAGAAAGAAGAGAACAGAGCCAAGAGUAAGAUAAACAAAGGCUCCGCUGGAUCAAAACCAUCCUCGCCCGAACGCGAAGUUACAGGGACUAAGAAGGCUCUGGUGAAUCGAAAGAGAAAAGCUAACGCCAUGUCGUCCGGUCCCGACGAGGUUGACGGCGAGGAUAGCUCGAACAAUGUCAGCGAUAAAAUGAGCAGUCUGAGAACUGGAGGCAGUAUGGUCCAUGAUCGGAGCCACGAUGACGUCGUUACGCGCAUGAAGAACAUCAAAAUGAUCCAACUCGGCAAACACCUCAUCCAACCUUGGUAUUUUUCACCGUAUCCCGAGGAUCUUACCAAAGUUCCGGUUGUUUAUCUUUGUGAAUUCUGCCUCAAGUUCACCAAGAGCCUCCAUUGCUUGAAACGGCAUCGAACCAAGUGCACUCUACGACAUCCUCCUGGAAAUGAGAUAUAUAGAAAACAAAGUAUUUCCUUCUUUGAAAUUGAUGGUAGAAAAAAUAAGAUUUACGCUCAGAAUCUUUGUCUCCUCGCAAAGUUGUUCCUCGAUCACAAGACGUUGUUUUACGAUACCGAUCCAUUUCUGUUCUAUGUUAUGACACAGUACGAUAACAAAGGCUUUCACAUUGUUGGAUAUUUUUCCAAGGAAAAAGAAUCGACCGAAGAUUACAACGUUGCUUGCAUCUUGACGCUUCCACAAUAUCAAAGGAAAGGCUAUGGCAAGCUCCUAAUUGAAUUCAGUUACGAGCUAUCAAGGUUUGAAGGGAAAACGGGUACGCCUGAGAAACCGCUGUCCGACCUCGGCUUGCUGUCGUAUCGAAGUUAUUGGUCACAGACUAUUUUAGAAAUUUUGAUUGGUUUAGAGUCAGACGAUGGCAACCAACCGAGCAUAACAAUUAACGAUAUUUGUGAACGGACGAGUAUUCGCAAAGAAGACGUUGUCUCGACAUUGCAACACCUUGGUCUCAUACAGUAUUACAAGGGACAGUACAUUCUUACCUUCACGAAAGAUAUCGUCGAAGGUCACAAGCGCGCCAUGCAAAAACGUAAACUGCGAAUCGAUCCAAAAGCUUUGCAUUGGACUCCAAAGGACUGGGCUAAGCGAGGAAAAUGGUGAUAUCAUGUCCCCGAAAUCCAGCGCCUUUUCCGUGAAGUUUUGUAAAUUUGUAUUUUUUGAAUCAAUCUCAUCUUUCGAACGCCAAUGGUGUCUUGUACAGUAGAUUCGGUCAUCUAUAGGCGCUUUACGAUUACACCACGAGAUCGACAAAAUGGAAUAACUUUAUAGAUUUAUAAAGAAUAAUUUGACUCAGGUGGUUUACAAUCCGCCAUAUUGGUUGAUUUUAGAGACAUGCACAACUAAUUUAAACAUGCACUCUUGAGCUAUUGGUAUAGCACGGUGAACAUAGUCAUCAGUUAAAAAAAAUUUAGUUGUUCUCUUGAAUGGCAAGAAAAGAGUUUAAAGAAACCAUCAAUAUGGCGUAAAACUCUGCCUUUUUAAAAUUUUUCUUAAUUGCAUUUGACUUUUUCAAUUUUCAAUUAUCCAUGCUCGAUGCUGGUGUAGCAUGUAAGGUUGCAUUUUUGUUAAUAAAACUACACUAUGUUUUGCUCUAUAGUUCCGACUUUCUUUAACAUGCAUGAUAGUAAUAGUCUGUAAAUAUUUUACUAAUACCUUAAAGUUGUCCAAACUCAUUUCAAUGCAUCGAACUGAAUAUUUGCGAUGUAUCCGAAAAUUUAACAAUAAAUUGUCGAAAUACCGUCAAAGUAACUACUGUAAUCUAUCUAAUCGAUAAGAAAUCGGUGACAAAAUUGCCUUCGACAAUACCAGAGUGAGUCCAAUGCAUAAACAAGGUAUAAACAGUUGUUCUUAGAAUAAAUAUUUAAAAUGCACUUUAAUCUUUACUCUUUACAAUUGCUGGCAAAUAAUUUAC